CGCAUGCGCAGUUUGAAAGUUUAAAUUAUAACCCCAUCAGUAUUUAUUUACUUUAAUGAAUAAAAUAUAUAAACAAUUAUAAAAUAUGAUAAAUAUUUAACUAGAUAUUAAUCUCUAGUGACAUUUAAAAUAAAAAAUGAAUAUAAUAAAUAAAUAGACUCGGGUAAUGCCAGCAAAAGAAUUUAAACAGAUGGCAUUUGAAGAUUCUGAAGACAAUUGGACUGAUGCUUUGCCGGUUUGCAAGGAAUCUGGUGUUGGAUUUUCAACAAAUCAAAUCUACCGGGAAGAUGGAUAUCGGCAAGAAGAUCAUCCUUUUGAAGACAGAUGUUUUCACUGUAAAUAUGACGAGUCGACGUUUGUUUAUGGAAUUUUUGACGGCCAUGAAGGCUCCAGAGCUGCUAAUUUCGCCCUCCAGCGAAUGGCUGCUGAAAUCUUGCUGGGACAACUGAAUGGCAAGAGUACCAAUGAGGAAGUAAAAGAAGUUCUCAGACAGGCUUUCAUUGCAGUUGAACGUGGGUACUUUGACUCGAUUGGUGACUUGUUGGCCGAACGAACUGGUUUAAAAUUCGACAUACCUGAGGAAUUGAAUUCGUACGAAGCUUAUCAAAAGUUUCCAGACUUGGUUAACAAAUUGAACAAAUUAAAUCGUGAAUUAUCUGCAGGAACGAGUGCUAUUGUUGCUUUGGUCUUUCGUAAUAGUUUGUAUGUAGCUAAUGUUGGAGAUAGUCGAGCGCUUCUUUGUAAAACAGACAGCAAUCAAGUUCUAAGAGUAGUUCAACUGAGUAUCGAUCAUGAUUUACGUAAUGAGGAUGAACUUCUACGAUUAUCACAACUAAAUCUUGAUACUAAAUCAAUCCGACAAGGCUCUCAUCUGGGUAAUCAAGAAAACACAAGAUGUCUCGGCAACUAUUUAGUUAAAGGAGGAUACAAAGAGUUUGAAGAACUUGCAGCAUCAACAGCAGAGCCAAUAAUUGCAGAGCCAGAAAUUCAUGGUGGUAUUGAUCUUGAUGAUUCGUGUAGAUUUCUUCUGCUGAUGUCACGUGGACUAUACAAGUCAUUGGAAGAAGCUACAGGUACUGAUCAAGUUAAUAAAGAACUGGCUCUUAUGGCAGUCGAACAGUUUCGUAUCCAGUCAACUUUAACUGGAGUUGCUCAAGCAGUUGUUGACAAAGUCGUCAGAAUUCAUCAUGACGUGAAUAUGAGCAACUCGGAAAAUAUACCAAAGAGUGGUAAGCGCGACGAUAUUACACUUCUAGUACGUAAUUUUAAUUUUCCUCUGCCGAACGCAUUGAAAAGUCCGAGCGGUCAGUCCGUUCAUUUUAAUCCAAUCGUUCAAACUGCGAUUGCGGGCGUCCAAGAGGGUAAUGAAUUUUACACAAGCAAUGUGUCAGAUAAUUUCAAUCCCUCGACUAAUGAUACCACGUCGACGUCAGAAACUUCCUCGGUAAAUACUCGGCCAGAUAGAAAUGCUAAAAUAAAACCUUAUGUUGAUUUUACUGAGUUCUUUGAAAAUGUUGAGAGACGUAGAAAAGACGGCACGCUACCUGAAGAUAUUGACUUUGGAUAGUUGAUAAUUAUUUAUUUUUUCACCAUAUCUGCGCCGGAAGUUCUAAUUCCUGACCUGAGUAGAGGAAAAUUCGUGUUUCCGUUUAUGAGAAAAUGAUAAAAAUUUGCGUAUGAGCCAUUCUUCCUACAAGCAGAGGCAAGAAUUUUAAUUUUCAGGUGCAGAUCUGGUGAAAAAUAGUAAACACACCUCGGAGGAAGGUAGGAAGUCCCAAUCCGCGUGUUAGUUACCUUCGCCUUCAACUUGGGUACGCAAUUAUACACGUAGGUUGGAAUGUCCUUUCCUCUCUUGGUGUAUAAUUUACUAUUUCAUGAUACCACCAUCAAAAUUGAAGUUUCAGUGUCUCUACAGUCAGUCGAAAGAAGCUAAUUUCAGUCGAAUGUCGCGAAUUAAUAUCAGUAAUCGCGUAAACUGCGAAUGCCUUUAGUCAGCGGGCAGAAACAAACUUGUUUCGACCCUUGGGAAUGGGAGGAAAAUUAAUAUUUGAAACAAUGAAUAAGAAAUUUACUAAUUUUAAGUACGAAAACUUGAACCGUUUGCUGAGAAUGUAUGAGGAUGAAGAUGGGUGUAGAUGGAUGAGGCUUGGAUGGAAGGGAUGGAAAGCUUUCGCAAUUUAAACUCUGAUAAUGACAGUUCUGACUGUGAUUAAGUUUUAUAAAAAUUAGUGUCAAUAAUAAAUAGUAUUUAGUUUCUGCUUAAUUAUCAAUUCCAAAUGACACUUUAAUAGUUGAUGUCACCAUUGGUCGAAAAUUAACUUGUUUUUAAAUGGCUGCUGACACUGAAACUUUAAGUUUCAAUGCAGGUAAUCAUGAAAAAUCUAGUGUGUAACUCAGGAUGAAACUCGAUUUCAAACUGCGGUCUAUGGCAGCCUUCACCCUGGUCUGAAAUAGUUUUGUUUCAUCCCUCGUUACACAAUAUACUAUUUGAGCAUAAUGUACUUACAAAAAAAAAACUUAAUCAAUCAACACUAUUAUUAAACAAAUAAGUUAUUAAAUUAUGUAAAAAAGUAAAACUACAGUACGAAACAAAAAUGUAAAUACUUG